CGAACACUGAGAUCGCCCAGCAAUAUCAUCAACGAGGUCGACGUCAGCAUGACUACUGAUACGCAAGCACAGAUUUAUGCCAAUCUCAGCGCCCUCUUCGGCGACAGCAAGCGAGGUGCCACGACCAGCAAUGCUAGCAGCAUCUAUCAGAUCAUCACGUCCGACCACUGUCCAUCCAAUGUCUCGUCAAGCUCGUCUUUAUCCAGCUCCAGCGACGAAACCAUCGAGGCCGACCACACUCCCGGCUACAUAGCCUGGGUCCUCGCUGCGGAUGAGGAGCCCAUCAUUCGGGGUCCUACGGCACCGACCUGCGCAAUGGCGUUGGUGAAACUCCUCGAAGCGCUGUCGGCCCUUGUGAGUCUCCGGCUGCAGCGCAAGUUUGAAUCCUUCGGACGCAACGAAACGUUAAUCUCUUUCGGAACAAGAGUGGAGGAUGGUGGAGUUUUGAGAAGAACUCUGGAUUUUGCGGCACCAGUGGAGGAGGAAAUUCAGAAGGUGGAGGAAGUGAAUGUACCAGAGAUCAAGAGCGAUGUGAAGGGCGUGGGCGCGGUUGUGGAGUUGUUGAGGCAGGAUGUCUCGUGGUAUGAGGCAGACGAUGAAGAAGAGGAGAAAGAGGGUUCGAAACAAAUCGGGCAAGUAGAGAAAGGGUCGAAGCCCAAUGCCACCAAACUUGGAGAUGAUGUUGGCGAACAGACCAACACACUCGCUUGGCUAACGUUAGAGGGCCUGGUUCCUCCGCUCUCCGAAAUGCAAUUCGUGGCGCCGCUUCGUACAGCGGCAGAGAUCAAUAUCAAAAGCCGCACAAAGGGGCGAUCUUCCAAGAACAAGAUCGCAGUUAUCGCUGAAGAACAGGAUACGGUUGACGGGCAAACGCAGCCGGUCGCUAACGGAAAAGAAGCGGUCACGGUGGCUCCAUCGGAGCAGGAUCCGAACAUGGUCUGGAUGAAGAAGUCAUUGUGUGUGAUCCAGGUAUAGAUUGCCCGAAGCUCACACAUUUUCUACAGAGCACCAUUGUCACAAUCGAGUAUCCCGUUCCGAACUUCGCUCCACCUCAUUACACUCCGCUUUUUUCAAAUUUCGUGAGCUCUCAGUCGUAGUCAUGAGCAGCAUGCUGCCGGCAUCACGGAAUCGAUCGUGAUUGACAACAUUAUUACA